AUGUCUAAUCCAUUACCACAACCACCACCACAUAGGUAUGGACAAUCUAGCAGAUCUGAUAAAAUCAAUAAACCAGCACCUAUUAUAGUGUCAGGUGAUAUAAAAAUAGUAGAUUUAAGGCCUUGGGUUAGAGGGUUUGACAUUAAAUGUAUACUGUUAGAGCUUAUUUCAAAACGUACACUAAAAACCAAUUCAGAUGUUGAGAUACAUAGUUUCCUAGUAGCCGAUGAAACUGCAACAUGUACAUUAGUAAUCUGGGAUAAAGGUCAACAUUUUAGGGAGGGAGAUGUUGUUCAGAUUUAUAAUGGACAACAAAACAGUGACCGAUCUCGCUCAAAUAAUAACAACAACAAUAAUAAGCGGAAAGGAGCUACUAGACGUGAUAGUUGGAGUACAAGUGAUAUUAGAGAUCAUGGUGAUUACGAAAUUGGAAAUAAUGGAUGCAGAAUUUCAGAUAAAAAAAUUGGAGGAAGUGGGGAAAAUAAUAAUAAUCGCUAUUCAGGUGGUGGUGGUCGUAACAACAAUAACAACAAUAGAGGUCAUCUUGAUAGACCUGAAGAAGGUGAACUAGUUGAUUUUUCAACAUUUUCACCUGGAUAUAAUAACAGUAAUACAACACCACCAAGAAAACAGCCAAAAUAUUAA